GGUUAUUCCUAAAUACCGAAACUACCCUCGAGACCCGAAUGCGUGUAGUCACCAUCUUCACCCACACGCCUGAUUGCACCACUCUCUCUCACACACUCGUGUCAAUUACUUUCAUUUUCACCAAACCCCAAACACUACUAUGACCACUUUUUCCCACCUCUCUCUCUCUCUCUCUCCUCAACUUUCUCUCUCUAAAACAGACCCAAAUCCAACCUAUAUAGUAGCCCUACUAGCAUUCCUCCGCCAUGGAUUCGUACCAUGCUAACAUGCGCACCUCGACGACAAACAGUAACCAAACCACUGAAACAGUACUAAUUAGUUACCACCUCUAGUAACAAUUCAAUUCCUCCUGCCAGAGAGAGAGAGAGAAAGCGCUAAUCUAGAGAGAGAAACAGAUUGAUUGAUUCUAUUUAAUUUCCCCCUCUUUCCUUUUUAUGUGCUAGGAGGAUGGGUUUCUUUUGGGGCCGCCGCCACCUGCUGGCCGCGGCGGUGCUGAUUUUCUCCGCGGCGGCGGAUCCCAACGACGAGCAGUGCCUCACCGGACUCAGCCAAUCGUUGAUUGAUCCAUUGCAGAACCUCCAGAACUGGACCAAAGCCACCUUCGCUAACCCUUGCCAGGGUUUCACCUCCUUCCUCCAAGGCGCCACCUGCAACAAUGGCCGAAUCUACAAGCUCUCUCUCCCCAAUCUCUCUCUAAAAGGCACAAUCUCUCCAUUUUUAUCCAAUUGCACGAAUUUGCAAUCCCUAGACCUCUCGUCCAACUCCAUCUCCGGCCAAAUUCCGCCGGAUUUACAGUACCUGGUGAAUCUAGCCGUACUGAAUCUCUCCUCCAACCGCCUCUCCGGCGAAAUCCCCAGCCAAUUGGCGCUGUGCGCGUACCUGAACGUCGUCGAUCUCCACGAGAACCAGCUCUCCGGCCAGAUUCCGCAGCAGCUCGGGCUUUUGGUCCGGCUUUCGGUUUUCGAUGUGUCGAGUAACAAGCUGUCCGGACCCAUACCCGGUUCGCUGGGGAACCGGAGCGGGAACUUGCCCCGGUUCAAUGCGAGUUCGUACGAAGGGAAUAAAGAUCUGUACGGGUACCCUUUGCCGCCGAUGAAGAGUAAAGGCUUGUCCGUAAUGGCGAUCGUCGGAAUCGGGCUCGGCAGCGGGCUUGUGAGCUUGAUCCUCAGCUUCGCGGCGGUGUGCGUCUGGCUGAGAGUUUCGGAGCCGAAAUCGGAGAACGAACACGAAGGCAAAAUCAGUCAGCUCAUGCCUGAUUAUUGAGAUUCAUCGCCAUUCUUUUUUUUUUUUGACAAUCCGAUUGAAAUCGAUCGGAAAAAAUCAACUGUAAUUUUCAGGUAUGUGUGUGUGUGUGUUUUUUUCUUUUUUCUUUUAAUUUCACCUUUUUUUUUUUUAAUUGGAAUUCUUUGAUAGAUGGUAGCUUUAGUAUUUAGCUCUGUAUGAGUGGUUUGAUUUUAUUUUUAUUUUUAUUUGGUAAUUUUCUUGACAAUAGUUACUGUUUGGUAAAAAAAAUGUGUAUAUAAUUGAUAGAAUGAGUUGAAUUGUGGGUUUGGAGUAACAUAAAUUCAUUUC